CGAGAUUUUAAAGGACUCAAAGGCGCGAACUCAACAGCAGGGUCUUAAUGCUAGUGUGUGGCAGCAGGAGGUGCAGCAGGAGCAGCUUCAAAAGCGAAUGCAAAUAAGCUAUCCAAGAUGCCUAAGAGGAAAAGGAAAAGCUCCCCUGUCCGUGAAGAACCUAGUACGCCGGUCGUGACUGCGGUGGAGAGGGACGAUGAAGAUGAAAGUGACUGGGAUCAGGAAGAUCAUCAACCGAAAAAACAGUGUCUUAGUGAGGUGGUGAGUGAUGCAGGGAUUGUGGAGAGCAUCACACUGAAGAACUUCAUGUGCCACUCUCACCUCGGCCCGUUCACUUUUGGUCCAAAUGUCAACUUUAUUGUUGGCAACAAUGGAAGUGGAAAGAGUGCCGUUCUGACGGCUCUUAUAGUUACCCUAGGCGGUAAUGCUCAUGCCACAAACAGAGGAUUGUCCCUCAAAGGCUUUGUGAAGGAAGGAGAAAGUUCGGCUAACGUUUCGAUCACAUUGCGAAACAAAGGAAGGGACGCCUACAAACCUGAGGUGUUCGGUCCAGCUAUCAUUGUAGACCUUAAAAUAACACGCGAGGGGUUGAGAACCUAUAAACUGAGGAGUCUAUCAGGUCAAAUGGUCUCAACCAAAAAGGAAGAGUUGCUGUCUAUCCUGGACAAUUUUAACAUACAGGUCAACAACCCUGUCUCUGUUCUCACUCAAGAGAUGAGCAAAUACUUCCUUCACUCCAAAGGGGAAGGUGACAAGUAUAAGUUCUUUAUGAAAUCUACCCAAUUGGACCAGAUGAGGGAGGACUUUGUGCACAUCAAAACCACCAAGCAAUCCACAGAAAAUAAAAUUGAGCAACAAGCUCAAUGCUUGAAAGACUUGAAGCGGAAGUACCGGGAGAAAGAGGAUCGAUUCAAGAACCUGUCAUCGUUGGAUGAAAUGGAGACCAAACUAGAAGAGUUGCAGAAACAAAUGGCUUGGUCUUUGGUGCUUGAGAUGGAGAACGACUUGAAGCCAUUACAGGAAAAGCUGCAGUCAGACAGACGUUCUACGGAGAAGUACGACGCGAAGGUGGAAGAAUGGAAGAAUAAGGUCCAAGAGGCUGAGGGGAAAUACAGGCAGAUCGAGGAACAGUUGGAGGGAGUCACGCAACAAGUCCAGGAGCUCCAGCCCAAAUGUGCUCAGCUCAAGGCCGAGGCCCAGAAAAAAAAUGCCCUGGUCAAUUCCAGCGAGGUCACUGUACACAGAUGCAGGGCUCACUUGAGGGACCUGGAAAAGGACAAAGUUCAGCUGUCCUCAAGAAUAAAGGAUCUCAAGCUGAGCAUUUCUCAGACAUCAGGAGCAGAGAGCCAGGCCAGAACAGAGCGUAUGGAGCAGAUGCAGGCAGAGCUGGAAAACCUGACACAUCAGAUCUCCGCUCUAGGACAGCAGGUCGAUCAGUAUCGGCACGCAUGCAGCCGCGCCACGGAAGAGCAAGGGAAGAUGAAGAGAGAGCAAGAUGUUCUCCAGAGGUCCAUUGACGCAAACAGGAGGAACCUGCAGACUAUGGAGAGCAGUCGCUCUAAUCGCCUGCGUCGUUUUGGAGAGCACAUGCCUGCACUAUUACACGCCAUCGAUGAGGCUCACAGAAGGGGACAGUUAAAGCACAAACCUCGAGGACCUCUGGGUCACCUUAUCAGCCUGAAGGACCCGGAGUUGGCGCUGGCUGUGGAAGUUUGUCUUAAAGGCCAGCUGCAGGCCUUCACUUGUGAUAACCACGAUGACGAGAAGGUGCUACAAGGCAUCAUGUCCAAUGUUUGCCCAAAGGUCCGUAGACCUGCCAUCAUCACCAGCAGUUUCCUCCCACACGUCCACGACACAAGAUCAAGGGCCGUGAACCACCCCCAGUACCCGUCCGUGCUUCAAUCUCUAGAAAUUGAGGACCCGGUUGUUGCAAACUGCCUGAUUGAUCAGCGGGGUAUAGAGAGCAUUCUGCUGAUUAAGAAUCAAACGGAGGCUCGGCGAGUGAUCCAGGGAAGCCCUCCUCGGAACUGUACCCAGGCCUUUUCAAAGGAUGGCGAUCAGAUCUUCAAUAACCGCAGUUACUCUUCUGAUCAGUACAGAGCCAACUACCUUUCUGGAGAUGUAGAGGAGGAGAUCAGGCACUUGCACAGGGAGAUGGAGAACCAGAAAGCUCAGGCUGCACGCUUCCAGCAGCAGAUGAGGAAGUUGGAUGACGACGUCAAACAGAACGAAGGGCUGCUAAGAAGGGCCCAAAUGGAUGAGAGGACUAUCAAAAACAAGUCCACAAAGAUGCAGCUAGAGCUGUCGGAGCUACAGAAUGUGGAAGAGCCUCAGUGUGAAGACCUCAGUACCCUGGAAGAAGAGCUUCAAGAGAUUGUAUCUAAGAUCUCGUCCAAGCAUGCCGAGUGUGAUGUGGCACAAGCUCAGAUGGCUGAUUGCAAGGCUGCCUAUGAGAAGGCAGAGCAUGAGUACAAGCAGCACAAAGAGCAGAUCUUCACGUUCACAGAGGAUGCCGAGCAUGUUAAGGAUGAGCUGAGUAAGACUGAUCAGGAGGUGGUGAGGUGCAAGCAUCACAAGAAACACUACGACGAGAAGCGAAGUGCCCAUCUCCGCAGCAUACAGGAGCUUGAAGGCAGACUAAAAAGCAAGGAAAAUGAACUACAGACCUCUGUGGCCAAAGCCACCAGAAUCUGUUCGCAGCGAAAGGAUUUACGAAGGACACCCAGGAGUCUGGACAACGAGAUCAACCGUCUCAAAGUGAAGAUAGCCACCGAGCAGGAGCAGCAGGGGAACAGUGAGGAGGUGGUGAGGCAGUAUCAGGAGGCUCUGCAGAACUACAAGAACAUGGCACUGCAAAUGAAAAACCUCCAAAGUUUCAUCAAAUGUCUCGAUAGUGUCCUGAACCAGAGACUCUGUGUUUACACUAAUCUCAGGAGGUUCCUCUCAGCCCGCUGUAAAUACUACUUUGACAGCACACUGGCCCAGAGAGGCUACACUGGAAGUAUGAACUUUGACCACACGAGUGAAACCCUCUCCAUCUCGGUGCAUCCAGGCCAGGGAGACAGUGCAGAUUUGAGUGACAUGCGCUGUCUGUCCGGAGGCGAGCGCUCCUUCUCCACCGUUUGCUUUGUUCUCUCCCUUUGGGCCAUCACAGAGGCGCCGUUCCGCUGUCUGGACGAGUUUGAUGUUUUCAUGGACAUGGUGAACAGGAGGAUAUCAAUGGACAUGAUGCUAAAGGUGGCAUCCGGUCAGCGCAACAGACAGUUCAUCUUCCUCACACCACAGAGCAUGAGCUCUCUUCCACAGAGUCCAUCAAUCAGCAUCCUCCGGCUCAAAGACCCAGAACGUGGCAACGAUGAGCAAACAAACAGUGAAGAUGAGGACCAGUAAUAUACCGUUCAUAGAGGGCUACUUUACAGCCAGGGGCAAAGGUUUUGCAUUAACCCAAGUUUUGGUUCUGUUUAGUUUUUGUUUGCCACAAUGACACAUUAAACAUGUACAUUUGA